AUAAAAUAGGAUAAACAGCAAACUUGUGUUCCAAAGAUUGUUACCAACGUUGGGCUGUUCUGGGCCAUUCUCGAGAAAGAAUUUGAAUGAAAAGCAUCUUUUCCUAGUAAACCUUCCGUAACCUGCAGUAGGAUGAACCCAACUAGAAGACAGACUGUGCACCAUCUCCUCGUGACAUGGGUAGCUCUCCAGACGCUUUCUACGGGUUGUCCUCUAUCACACCCACCGCCGGUACCAGCUACGCCAUCGGUCUGCCAGAACCAGUGCCCUUCGGGUUGGAACUACCUGGACAAAUCUUGCUACAUCAUCGUUGGGGAACCGCAACCUUGGCCAGACGCAGAAUUACGUUGCCAUGACCUUGUCGUAGCAGCCUGCGGACAUGGUGUGAUGGGGCACCUGGCUUCGAUAUAUGGGGACGUAGAGAACAAUUUCGUUCAUUGCCUUUGGAAGCGCAUGGGCCGUGGGGACAUGGCAGUAGAUAGUAUAUACUGGAUUGGUCUCACCAAACAAUCAGGUCACUUGUACUGGACGGAUGGCUCUCUUCCUCUUUACCAUCAAUGGGAUUCCGGCGUCCAAGAUGCUGUCGACAGUGAAGGUGGUUUUUGUACAUAUGUGUCUGGUCGAGGGAUCAGCCAGAAGAAAUGGAACACUACAGACUGUGAGCACCCAGUGAACAGGGUUAACGGUCUGCCGUUUGCCUGUGAGUUUGCCCAAGCUCCAAACCAACCUAUGAAUCAGCCCGAGCCUGUGAGAGCUCCUGGACCUGUAUAAAAUCAAUCCAUCCUCGGGUUGGGAUAUAGGGAAGGACGCUUUUCACAAAGUGUUAAGAUCGACGUGUUAAAUCA